AUGAAGAGGAAAUGGGAUGAAGCCGAGGAUCCGAGUAGUGCAGGUUCCUCUAAACCUUCUUUUUUCGUUUGAAUUCCUUGGAAUUUCAGGUCCUUCGGCUGUUAAUCCAAAGCUGAAACGUAUUUUUGACAGUAUUCGGGCUCCUGAAUGGAUUCUGAAUACGGAAGAACUCAGCGAACUUCUUCUCCUUCUGAAGGAUGCCAAGGAUGUGAGCUGAAACAGAAAAAAAUGUCUCAAAAUAGAAACUUCAAACAAAUGAUUUUUCGUCCUUUCUAGAAAAAUGAUAUGAGAAAUAUUUUUUUAUUUUCUCUCAAAAAGAUUAGUUUCUUUUCAAGCAGAAGUACAGAAAACGGCUAAAAUCAGCUCCAAUGGAGAUUUUUUUAAAAUUUCCUCGUUGAAACAGUCCCGUGGCUUCCCUAGAGUUUUUUUCGUUUGAUUUUUUUGAUUUUUAUUCAAAUUUUGUUACUCAAAUCAUUUUUCUUUAUUAAAGCAAGAAAUUGCUGAAAUUUUCCAGUGAUUAUGGCUUUAUUAUACAUUUUGAAAAUAGGAUUAUUAAGGUAAAAAAAAUUAGAAUUUUUUUCAUCGCGACCGAUACGAGUAAAUGUGUUUCCAGAACUCCGAAAACGGUUCAAUAUCGAGUUUGGCCGACUUCCAAGUAAUCUCAAACCUUCUCGUUUCUUACAAUGCGACGAAUGGGCCGGAAGACAAAAUCGUUUUUUCCGUUUUGAAACAACUCGAAAAGUUCGGCACCGAUUUGAGGUUUUUCUAAUUGGAAAAAGCACCUUGAAAUAAUGUUUUUAGUAUAUAUCACCCGUUGGUUUUUGGACGAAACUCGCGGGAAAAUUAUGAAAGUUUACGAAAAAUGGGAUCUUCGCUGCAUGUUCGCGUGCCGGAGAAUGAGGUUCAUUUGAAAUAAUGAAGAAAAUGAUUUAAUGUUUUAAUUUGAAGGUCCUGACAAAUUUUUUGGACCAAAGCAAGCUUUGGGCCACUGCAAAACAUCAUGCAAAGGUUUUCAUAAAGAAAAUGAAGUUUUUGGGUUUGAAAAUUAGUUUUCCAGUCGUCCAGUGUUGAUGAUGAUCAUUUCUACGACGUCGAAUUCGUUCUUUGUCUUUUGAUAUCGAUUUUGCAGCCGGGAUCUUCGGUAUGAUGUUUUAUUUAUUGAAAAUUGUGAAGAAAUAAAUAAUUCAAUUUAUUUUUUUCAGCUCGAAGUUGAGGUAAAAAGGUAAAAGAAACAAGAUUAAAAAAAUUUAAAACUCAAAAUUUAAAAUUUUCUUUGUGAAAUUUUAUCCCUUUUUCGGCGAUUUUUCAAACUUCUCUUAAGGUUUUUUUCGAAGAUUCACUUUGAUUUCCACCCUCUUUACUCAUUAUCAUACUUUUUUUAUAUUUGAUAGAAAGUUUCAAACUUAGCGAAUCUUGAAGAGAUAGGAAAAAGCCGAAUAAAAACUGGGAAGAAGAAUAAUUUCAGCUCUCCUGCAAGCUGUUCGUCGAAUCCAACGGCCUCUCUUUCCUUUUUUCCUGCACUUCUUCCGCCAAUCCCAAUAUACGGCCCUUGGCCUAUUGUGCACUCCAAAGAUAUCUCAAUCUUGUUCAGGUAAAUCCACGCAAUUUGGUAAAAUCAUCCUGAGAUUGAAUAUUUCAGGAACUGAAACUGGAACUUUUCCCAGAGCGGAGCUUGAUCGUCUAUUUGAUCCGGACGUUCAAACACGGCCUCGAUAAAGAGUCUCAACGUGUUUCCAACAGUGAGUUCCAGUUAAAAUGGCUUUUCUGUUUCUAGGUGAUAUUAAAAAUCUCUUCAUUUGGCGACUUCAGUUCUUCUUCUUGGGUACUAGAUCCGAAAAAAGGAAUUUAACUGGCGAAAAGAGAAUAUGUAGUUUUAUAAAUCCAAAAUGAGAUUUUCUUUUUUCGAAAACUUAGACCGUGAAAAAAAUCAUAUAAAAGUUGGAAAAAAGAGAUAUUUGGACGAAAAAAACAUACCCAAAGCAUUUGUGUUUGAGCCUAUCUUAGCUUAACUCAUGAUCUUUUCGAGUUUAAGUUUCAUAUUUUCUCGAAUUUCUUUUUGAUUCUCUUCGAUUCAACCUAUAAUAUUUUUAGAUCAAAGGGGAACUUUCUCGAAAUGGAGGCAAAUAUAACUUUCAUGCUUUUCUUCCUCCACGCCACAGAUCUGUCUGUGAGCGAAAUAAAAAAAAACAUUUCAAACAUCGAAAGUUUCAAAAUUAAAGAAAAAGAACCUAAGUAAUAUCGGAAUAGAGUUUCAGCAAAAAAAAAAUUGAAAUUGAUUCAGUGCUAAUUUUCUCAACUAUCUCCACUAUUUCAUGAUUUUCAGCUAAAUCUUCAACUAUAUUAUUUAAUUUUUCAGUCAUAUCUCAUUUCUUCGCGCGUGUUUCGAAAUUAAUACUAAGUCCGCAUGAAGUCGUCUACCACCAAGUCAUGGCCUUCCUCUGCAUGAAGCCCAUUUUCGAUGUUAAUAAUGUUGGUCAAAACGUCUUUUUUCUAUUUAUGAAUUGUCCUUCCAAGGUUCCUGAGUUCUUCAAGUUGUUCUUCUCCUCCUCGCCGGAACACUGUCACGAGGAACGCGACUGGGUCCUCACCCUGAUCGCCGAGGCGAUGAUUGAACCCAUGGACUACAACGUCUUGCAGAAUAAGUUUGUGCUUCGAAUUCUUAUUGAAGUUGCAGAAAAGGGUAGGAAAUUUGACCAAUGAGUGGUUUUUUUCAUCUUGAAACGUUUUAGAAAGCGCAGAACGGUAGAAGCUGUUUUGAAGGUCUUUUUUUUCAUAUUUGAACACCCAUUUUCAUGUUAUUCCAUCAUGUAGAUUUUUAAAACUUAAUGAAUCGAUUUUUCCACCCUUUUGCGGCUCUUGUACAUGGAAAACUUCCUGAGAUAGAUCAAUGAAAUUCUCCUCAGAGCCGGCGUCAAACUGAUGAUGUGCAUGUUCGGUUCCUGUUGCUGCGACCAGAAAGAACGGAAACAGAUCUUGUCAAUCCUGAAGUCGUGCGCCUCGAUGAGAACCGUCGCCCACGAUCUUUUCGCCCGAGAAGCUCUGCAUUCGUGGAUCGUCGUCGUCAUCAAUGUACGCCGUUUUUGGAAUUCAGAUGUAUCGAGCAGCAAAGUGUCGCUUGAUUUUUUUCGUAUUCAUUAAGUUUUUUGGGGUGUUAUCAAAAAAUCGAAAAUUGGAAGCUCAAGUUUUUGGUUUUUCUCUUACCUGUGAGAAUGUAGAAGAGGUUUGAGCAUUUCUUUAUUGCACCCGGUUAGAAAUGAGAUUUUAUGUUGUUAUUUUUAAAACCUCUUAAAUCUUGGUUUUGAAUGAAAUCCAAAUCGCUGAAACUAACGCUCAUUUCUUAUCCGAAAACAAAAAAUUCUCAAAUUAAGAUCAUCGACAAACUUUUAUCUCCUAAGUAACGAGAAGGGAUACACAAGAAUUCAUACAAAUCGAUAUUAUUAAAAUUUGACUUUUUGAGUUUUUGGUUUCACUCUACACUAGAAACAGAGUGAAUUCCAAAAACUUCAAAAAAAUUGCAAAUCAAGUGAAUAAUUCCUGCGCGAAAUAUUUACGACCAAUUUGCUACAAGAGCCCAAAAAAAAAAAAUCAAUUUUCAGAACAAAAACUUGACGCGAUGGGAAAAGUGUUACUUGGCGCAGAUAUUCUGUAUCCUGGUCGAAAAUGAAAGGAAAUAUCAACGCGGAAAAAGAGGCAAGAAGGUUUUUGGUCAGGUUGGAAAAGCCUCCGUCGUCAUGUGCGUUCAACCGGUUCGUCGAACUUUUUUUUUUAAACCAAGAGUUUUUUCAAGAGUCCAUGAACUUCUCAUAAUUACCUGUUUCAGAUGAUAGACUCUCUUAAAGACAUCGUCUCCAAUGAAGCUUUCGGUGCCGAAAAGAAGAAGGCCGAAGAAUCCAUCCAACUUUUGGAGAGAAUCCCGACCCAGAAAUGGUCGAAAAAGAAGAAAUAUGAGGCCUUGUGA